UCCACCGCCGUAAAUGAGGAGUACAACGGGAUUGCGCUGGGCACCGGCCUGACAGAACGUAGCCCAUCCGGCAUAAAGUCAGUGAACAGAAAGAAAGUUCUUCACAUGGAUCAAAACCCGUUUUACAGAGGAGAAAGUGCCUCUAUAACACCACUGGAAGAUUUAUACAAAAGAUUUAAAAUACCAGGAGCACCACCAGCAUCAGUGGGGAGAGGAAGAGACUGGAAUGUUGACUUAAUUCACAAGUUCCUUAUGGCUAACGGUCAGCUGGUUAUUAGGAUGGUCCUUCGUUACAUGGAUUUCAAAGUGACUGAAGGGAGUUUUGUCUAUAAAGGAGGAAAAAUCUAUAAGGUUCCUUCCACUGACCUAGAAGCCCUGGCAUCUAGUUUAAUGGGGCUAUUUGAAAAACAUCACUUCAGAAAAUUCCUAGUGUAGGUUGACAACUUGGAAGAGAAAGAUCCUGGAACUUUUGAAGGUGUUGACCCUAAGAAGACCACAAUGUGGGAUGUGUAUAAGAAGUUUGACUUGGGCCAAGAUGUUAUAGAUUUUACUGGUCAUGCUCUUGCACUUUACAAAACUGAUGACUAUUUAGAUCAACCAUGUUGUGAAACCAUUAAAAGGAUUAAACUUUACAGUGAGUCUUUGGCAACAUAUGGCAAAAGCCCCUACCUUUACCCACAGUAUGGCCUUGGAGAAGUGCCACAAGGAUUUGCAAGGCCCAGUGCUAUUUGUGGAGGUAGCUACAUGCUGAAUAAACCAAUUGAAGAAAUCGUUGUGGAGAAUGGAAGAGUGGUUGGUGUAAAAUCUGAAGAAGUUGCUUGCUGUAAGCAGCUCAUCUGUGAUCCUAGUUAUGUAAAAGAUCGAGUACAAAAAGUGGGCCAGGUGAUCAGAGUUACAGGCAGCCUAAGCCACCCAGUCAAGAACACGAAUGAUACCAAUUCAUGCCACAUCAUUAUUCCCCAGAAGCAAGUCAGUCGGAAGUCAGAUAUCUACGUGUGCAUGAUUUCUUUUGCACACAAUGUGGCAGCACAAGGGAAGUAUAUUGCCUUGGUUAGCACAACUGUGGAAACCAAAGAACCUGAGAAAGAAAUCAGGCCAGCUUUGGAGCUCUUGGAACCAAUUGAACAGAAAUUUGUUAGCAUCAAUGAUCUCCUUGUACCAAAAGAUUUGGGAACAGACCAGAUCUUUAUUUCCCAUGCUUGUGAUGCUACAACUCACUUUGAGACAACCUGUGAUGACAUUCAAGACAUUUACAACAGGAUGACAGGAUCAGAGUUUGACUUUGAAGAAAUAAAGCGCAAGAAAAAUGACAUCAAUGGGGAAGACUAA